UUAAAUCACAACAGCCGAGAUUAAUCUCCUUCCAACACAACGUUCUUCAGACCGUUCGCGGAAUGUCCCUGAACACCCUGGGUGGGUCCUGUUCCCGUUUUCCUGUUUACAUGCGGCCGCCGACAAUCUUAUUCCUGUUCGGGACAAUUUAGCAGAAACCUAGUACGACCGUACGUACAUACUCAUUCACAAUUCCGAUGUCCAGCGGGUGAUCCUGGGCUGACGGCCGCGAGUCAGGAUGAUGGGUUCAGCAACAACCGGGGGACGACGCAGGAAGUCCUUGACGCUACAAGGAGUGGACCCGGAAACGUGCAUGAUCGUGUUUAAGAAUCACUGGGCGCAGGUGGUGAAGAUCCUGGAGAAACAUGAGCCGAGUCGCAGCGGCACUAGUGCACUAGGUUUCCUGUCUGGCCACGCCGGCGGUGGCGGCACCCGGCUUGGGUCCAUCCCGCCUGACGAGGCCAGUGCCGUCCAGAAUUACGUGGAGCACAUGCUGUUCCUGCUAAUGGAGGAGGAGGCAGGCAGAGGAGGAGCCAUGGGUCCCAUUUUGGAGUUUGUUGUUCAGGAGGGCGUGAUGGAGCGCCUGUUUCUUUGGAGCCUGAGGAGACAGUUCACCGAAGACAUGAAACUGGAGCAGCUGAGGAUGUACCAGAUGCUCCUGACCCAGGCGCACCAGCCGCUCUUGCACCACAAGCCGCUGCUGAGGCCGCUCAUGACACUGCUGGCGUCCUGCGGUGGCGCAGGCACAGACUGCGGCGGUCGCGUGGAGGCAGAGCUGGUCCUCUUGUUGAACCAACUGUGCGCCGCUCUGGUCAAGGACCCCUCGGUGCUGGAGCUCUUUUUCCACACCAGUGAGGACCAAGGCGCCGCCAACUUCCUGCUCUUCUCCCUCCUCAUCCCGUAUACACACAGACAAGGUCCAGUAGGUCAGCAGGCCCGAGAAGCUCUGCUGCUCAUCAUGUCUCUUUCUGCAUCCGAGCCUCGGGUGGCCCAGCACAUUGCCCAGAACACGUACUUCUGCCCAGUUCUGGCCACGGGUCUUUCCGGACUCUACUCGUCUCUGCCAGCCAGAUUGCAGGUUUACAGCGAAGACUGGCACUGUCUGGACCAGCCCGACUGGCAACAGGUUCCAGCACUUGUCCACUUCCUGCACUCGCUGGGCUUCUGCAGCGCUGUCACCAGUGUGACUCAUCCUUCUAUUCGCUCCCAGCUUCUGAGUUACAUCCACAACGGGUUCCUGGUUCCGGUGUUGGCUCCUGCACUGCAUAAGCUGACUGUGGAGGAGGUCAUGACGACCACAGCCUACCUGGACCUGUUCCUGCGCACCAUAUCUGAGCCUGCCCUCCUACAGACCUUCCUAUCCUUCAUCCUGCUACAUACCCACGACAAUGUUCACAUCCUAGACACUUUGGUCAGCAGAGUCAACACACCCUUCCAGUUGGGAACGGUGUCGCUAGCUCUGUUCAGGACACUCAUUGGUCUCUUCUGCGAGGACGUCAUGCUUCAGCUCAUCUUCAGGUUUUUGAUUGCUUGCAACCAUGUGAGCAGGAAACACUGGUCAUCCCUCAAGCAUAAGAGCUGGUGUUCAUCCAGCUCCGCCUCCUUCCUGCUCCUCCUGCCCUCCUGGUGCCCCGUCCGCCUACCCAACACAAACGGGGCCUCGGAGCAUAUUCACUGGCCGAAAGGAGAAGAUGGGUCAGUGACUGACGGUGUUGGUUACUGGAGGGGCUCAGAAUUCCUGAUGGAAGUCAACUACCUCCAUUACCUCUCGGAUGCCCGACAAGCCAUUGCCACCUCCAACAGGGCGUGUCGACAUUGGUCGGCACCUUACGAUGGCCAUGAUCCACCUACGGCCCAAGACCUAUCUGGAACAGUGGACGAUAUUGAAGGACAGCUAAAGAUCGAUUCCCUCGAUGCCUCCCCAACCUCUCCCUCCGUGGAUCCCGUCUCAAACUGUAACCACGCAGGAAGAACCAGCUCCAGCCUGGAGCUGGAGUGGGAUGACAUCUUUGCGGAUGGCGAAGCAUCGUCGACGACGUUUGGCUGCUAUGUGGCACCUUUACCACCCUUACCUCCCAGCCACAUCCAAGAAAUGCGACGCAGCGCCAUCAAACUGGUGCACGGUGCCUACGUGGAGGAAAGUGAAUUUGAGGAGGACGUCCUGGUCUACGAUCUCGUCGCCCAAAAAGACGCCAAGACUGCCCUUUUGGAAAAAACAACGGCAGUAAACCGAAAAGCACGCAGAGGCGGCAUCUCCCCCACAACAACAGGAAGGACAGUACAUGAAACAGUUAACUGCAUCAUGUCAUCACGAAGGAUAUGCGACGAUGGCCAGUUGAGAAGCAGUGAGGACAACCACAAUCGCAGUAUUGACCUUGCACCGAACGCGCAAAAUCACACUCCGCUUAAUGGCCAUCCGAUUCUGACAAACUCCACGUGUCAGCUGCCAAAUCUGCUCGACAACAAAACCAUUAAUGACAAUGGCGACUUCCUGUCCCAGUACUACGAACUAAUGCGCUCUUUAGGGGCCGAGCCGGAGUCUGACAACAUCCCAGACGACAUCUCCAACUUUAGGAGGCGUAUUCAGGAGUUGAAGAAACGACUGGUAGAUGAGGAUUGUGAAGAAGGAGAAGAACUAGAGGAGGAGACAAUGGAGGAGCAGGAGGGGGAUAACCACAGUCUUCCAUUCACAGGGCCCUUCAUUAGUGUCCUGCUGUCGCGGCUGGAGAACCUUCUAGAGAACUCCAUCGCCGUAAACCUGCUCGUGACUGGCAUACUGGCUCAGCUAGCGUCGUACCCACAACCUCUGCUAAGAUCCUUCCUGCUCAGUACACAAACUUAUCAGCAGGCCGGUGUGUGUACACUGCACCAGGUGCUGGUAUCACUUCACGGCCAAAUUGAGCGCUACAUCCGAGUCCGACCAGAGUAUCCCGCCUUGAUCACACAGGCAUGGAGGUUCUUGUUAGCUAAAGACCAAGACAGCAAGAUCCGAGAAAGCCUCCAGUCUCAGGGCAUGGCAGAUCCAGAAUGCUCUCUUCCGAACGGCUCAGUGAGGAACUCUCUAUCAGCUCCCCAUCUCGGCCUCCUGCCACCUUGCCCCACCAUCCCGCCCCAAGAUAAGAGUCGAGUCUUCGCCAUUGUCCUAUACGCGGAAUUCCUUAAGGAGCUAGCCGCCAUCGCCCUGGAGCACAGCAUCGCUCCGGACUGGACGACAGAAGAGUAGAGGAGGCAGGC